ACUCGUUCGGUGUGGCGCUUUCUACUCCGGGAUUUUUCAUUUUGUCGAGGCGGUUUUCUGACCAGUGCACCCAACAACGAUAUAUGACACCAGUGGCUGACGCCUAAAAUCGUUCGGACAGCGACCGACAGCCGGAAUCUAGAAUGAAUCCCAUUUGGAAAGAACCUGGUGCUCUAGUCUUGUGCUUACUACUGGUCUUUAUCAUUACGAGCAACAUGACGUUUUACAACAGCCGUUCCGUUCCGAAGAGAAAGAUAAAGGGAUCGGUAAAAGGAAACAGGCCACCCUCAGCCAAAAGACCAGCGGCUUCCAGCUGGAAACCACGUGUUUGUUUGAUGCCAAGACAAAAAUUCGUUUUCAUAAAAACGCACAAAACUGGGAGUAUGACCAGUGUACUCCCGUUCCAAAGAUACGCCAUCUAUCACAACCUCACGGGGCUGGUGGCUAAAGCGGGGGGUUACGUCUCCUGGCCAAUCCCUCCAGGUGAAACAGAUUAUAUCCACACCCCGGAUGAACAUUAUGACGUGCUGUUCAACCACAUGGUCUACAACAAAACGUGGCUACGGUCCAAGUUUCCCGCGAACACAGUGUACAUCUCUCUUAUUCGAGAACCUCUUAGUCACCUGAAGUCAUGCAUGCGCUUCUACAGUCUUCCUCGACUGUUAAACAUCACGUCAUCUGCAAAUCCUGUCAAGACCUUCUUGGAAGAUCCAUGGAAAUACAGAAACCUGUCUGAGGUGUUGUUUCCCUACUGUAAUGUAACGUGGGACGGCACCAGGAACCACUUGGCCUUCGACUUAGGAUACCCUACACAAGGAGCUGAGGAUCUGGUAGCAAAUCAUUAUAUACUUUUAAUUAACCCUAGAUUAAGUUCGGACAGCGACCGACAGCCGGAAUCUAGAAUGAAUCCCAUUUGGAAAGAACCUGGUGCUCUGGUCUUGUGCUUACUACUGGUCUUUAUCAUUACGAGCAACAUGACGUUUUACAACAGCCGUUCCGUUCCGAAGGGAAAGAUAAAGGGAUCGGUAAAAGGAAACAGGCCACCCUCAGCCAAAAGACCAGCGGCUUCCAGCUGGAAACCACGUGUUUGUUUGAUGCCAAGACAAAAAUUCGUUUUCAUAAAAACGCACAAAACUGGGAGUAUGACCAGUGUACUCCCGUUCCAAAGAUACGCCAUCUAUCACAACCUCACAGGGCUGGUGGCUAAAGCGGGGGGUUACGUCUCCUGGCCAUUCCCUCCAGCUGAAACAGAUUAUAUCCACACCCCGGAUGAACAUUAUGACGUGCUGUUCAACCACAUGGUCUACAACAAAACGUGGCUACGGUCCAAGUUCCCUGCGAACACAGUGUACAUCUCUCUUAUUCGAGAACCUCUUAGUCACCUGAAGUCAUGCAUGCGCUUCUACAGUCUUCCUCGACUGUUAAACAUUACGUCAUCUGCAAAUCCUGUCAAGACCUUCUUGGAAGAUCCAUGGAAAUACAGAAACCUGUCUGAGGUGCUGUUUCCCUACUGUAAUGUAACGUGGGACGGCACCAGGAACCACUUGGCCUUCGACUUAGGAUACCCUACACAAGGAGCUGAGGAUCUGGAAGCAGCUGAAAGAUACAUCGAAGAAUUGGAAAACGACUUCACACUAGUCAUGCUGACGGAACACCUAGACGAGUCUUUCGUUCUCCUUAGACGCCUGAUGUGCUGGGAGAUACAAGACGUCUUGUAUGACAUUAAACCAAAGAACAUGGCGUCUUACUCGUAUAAAUCCUAUAUCCCCACCCCUGAGGAACUGGCAAACCUGCGGAAAUGGAAGGCCGUGGAUUACCGUCUGUAUGAAACGUUCAACAAGUCCUUCUGGCAGAAAAUUGCAGCACAGGGUCCAGAUUUCUUUCGGGAGCUUUACUACUUCAGGAAACUCAAUAUGAACGUCAGCCUCUACUGCCAUGGAGACCAAGGAGGAAAACCUGGAUCCACACUCACUGUGAAAGCUUCCAAGUGGAGUCCACAGUUUAUCGUUGAUGUUGAAUAUUGCAGGCGAAUGAAGGCCGAGGCAAGGACUCUGACGCAGGAAGUACGGCAUAUGGUACCGACAUUGCAGAAAAAGAAGAAACGUGAACGGUGGCUGCCCAUACGACCCGUUUUAAACUUAAGGUCAAUCAUCGAAGGACAACCAGUUUUCAAAUACGAAAUAGAAAAGAAAAAAUAUUACAGUCAAGUGGAAAGAAAGCAUACGAAACAAAUGCGCAGUUUGUCGCGGCAGGACAACCGACCUCCGCCACCUGUCGUCCCCCUGAAUCGCUGGGUACUCGGCGGGGCAGGUGGCGAGGACGCCCCGGUCAAUGGGAGUCCCGUCAGCGCGACUGAUGCGGCCACACAGACCGCUGAAAGUGACCUGCACCAGUACGCCGAAACCCCCCACAACUACUACAACUACUACAACACACGGCCUGGGGGGCAGAAUCCUUACUGGUAA